AUGGUCCAAUGCUCCGCCCCCGUUGAAGGCAUCGUCGGUUCAUACACUGGCAACAGCUUCGCUCUCCAGGGUUUCAUUGUCAGCCUGUUGAGCAUUGCCCUCUACAGCUCACUCGAACUGAUUAUCUUGGUGUUUUCAAUGUUUCAUACCUACCGUGGGCUUUACUUCUGGAGUCUACUCAUCACAGCCAGUCUCGGCGUAAUUCCCGACGCUCUCGGCUUGCUUCUGAAGUACUUCCAGCUUGCGCCCAUAUGGAUCCCAGUUACACUAUCUACUGUAGGAUGGUGUAUCAUGGUGACUGGACAGUCGCUGGUGCUUUACUCCCGGCUACAUCUCGUACAACGAGACAAAAGAGUCCUUAAGUUUGUCUUGGGUAUGAUCAUUGUUGACGCAAUUGUCUUGCAAAUCCCUCAGAUCAUUGCCUCUUAUGGUGUUGUCUAUGCCUGUGACCUUGCCUUUGGUCGAUUUUUCAACAUUUGGGAGAAGGUGCAACUUACCGUCUUCUUUGUCCAGGAGAUUAUCAUCUCCAGUAUAUUCAUUGUGCAGACAGUCAAACUGUUACACAGCUACCCAACCAGGAGCAAACGGAAGACCAACAUCAUGUACCAACUGUUGGCAAUCAAUACGGCUAUCAUUUUGAUGGAUAUAUCUUUGAUUGUGAUGGAAUUUCUGGGCUUGUUCAUCAUUCAGACUGUGCUCAAAACGUUCUUCUAUACUAUCAAGUUGAAGUUGGAGAUUGCAGUCCUAUCGAGGCUGGUCUCAUUUGUACAGGCUGACUUUCAGCCGGAAUCUUCUGGCUUUAGUCAGCCCAAAUGA